AUGGCAAACGAACUGCCAACAUCUAACCUUGAAAAUCAAAGGUUAAAUAUAAUAGAGCCAGCUAUGCCCCCUACACCCGUUCUCACCGACCCCCAGUACAAAAUUGGUGUUGACACUAAGACACCAAAUAAUAUAGAUGAAAGCUCAAAUAUAUAUAAAUCCAAUGAAUUACAAUCAGAUGUUUCACGUCAAGACCAUAUCAGAAUAUUCGAUCCUCUGAAUCUUCCGAAUGAAAUGGACAUUAACGCGAAAGAUCAUUCUAACAAAGACACGGCAUCUAAUGAAAAUAUCGGUGUCGCGGCCAAAUCAGAAGCUUCAGUCGAAAAGAAAACACGUGGUCGUAAGAAAGUGAACAUAGUUGAUAAAAACGUAGUUGUAGGCACUAAUAUUGAAACUAAUUCAGAGGAAAAAGGAGGCAAUAAAUCACAAGAAUUAAUCGUCAGUAAUGAUGAUGCGGAGGCCGCAACAUUAGAAAAAUCACAACAGGGCUAUGAAGGAACUGAAAGACCUGAUAACGAUAAGGAUGUUAAAUUACCUGAAAAACGAGCUCGUGGGCGCCCCAAAAAGGAAGUCAGCAACGGUACAACUGAGGAAUCGUCAAAAGUUCGGGGAAGGCCAAAAAAUGACAAGAUAGUUACUGCUACCGUUAGUAACGACACUAAUUCAUCAGAAAAACGUCGUGGUCGUCCAAAAAGGGAAGGAAUUAAUGUCACUUCUAAUAACGUGACAAAUUCAAUCGUAAAACGCGGCCGUGGUCGCCCAAAACAGAGCGAGUCUAGUAGCGUCGCCAAUGUUUUACAAAAACGAACUCGCGGACGCCCAAAAAAGGAGAGUGGUGGAUCAAUUUCUAUCGAAAAACGUAGACCUGGUAGGCCGAAAGCUACCAAUAAAGAUGUUUUUGAUGGACCGACAAGAACAGAUGAUGACGAUAAAGCCACUACUUCUGGUUUAAGUGAAAAACGUGGACGAGGUCGCCCAAGAAAAAAUCCACUCUUGUCACAAAUUGGUAAAUCAAAGAAACGUUCCAUGCCAGAUAAAAGUUCCAAUGGCACGCCGAAGCCACGCGGUCGCCCCCGAAAGAUCACAACUAAAAAAGAAGAUGUCGAUGUUAGCAAUUCUGGAUCUGAAACCAAAAUACCUAACAUCGAUACUGCUGUUCCCGCUGAGGUCUCUACGGCUAAGGGUGACCAAACUGAAAAUUUGGCACAAAGUACAGAUUCAAAUAAAGACCCUUAUGCUACUCAGGUUGAUCCUUUCGAAUCUUUAAAUGCCGUUACAUUAAAUGAACAGGAGCCAAUUCCAACGGGAACCGCCAAAACUUCUAAUGGAGAGUCCGUUAAGAAGCGCGGACGUCCAAAAAGGGAUGAUCAAACAGAACAAGAAUUGACUAAAAAGGUCAAGGCAUAA